GGUUGGCAAUAUGUAAUAGAGAACUUAUUGCUUGCCAUCGAAAGUGUUCAAGGUAGAAAUCGUUGACGCCAUUUCGUAUCUCGUUUCGCUCAAAGCGUCGAGAAAGUUUUUCCCUUUUUACUUUAAUUUAAUUUCGCCAAAACGUCGCAACCACAUAAAAUGGUUUCAUCUAAUCAACCGAGAAAAACAAAAAUAUUUGUGGGUCGGUUACCAGAAAAUUGUCGCAACGAUGAGUUGCGACAAUUAUUUUUACGUUUUGGUGAGGUAACGGAAUGCGAUGUCAUGAAUCGAUAUGGGUUUGUCCACAUGGCACGUGAGGAAGAUGCAGCUGCUGCGAUCAAAGCUCUUCACAAUUCCAACUUCAAAGGGGCAACAAUCAAUGUGGAACAGUCUACGGGCAAAUCACGUGGCGGCGGAGGAGGACGCAGGGAUGGAGACAGAAGAGGUGGACCAGUGAGAGGUGGUAGGGGAGGACGAGACGGUGGUAGAGACGCUCGUCCUGGACCAUACAAUGAUAGAAGAGUUCUUCCGAUCCAACUCGUUGGUUACGAUGGAUCUGCUGCAGGUGGCGUCGCGACGGGGUACACCGAUUACAAUCGUGGUGCUGGAGACUUUAGUGGACGUGGAGCCGACUUCGGGACUGGAUACACUGACCGUGGAGCAUAUGGUCAAAAUGUGGGAAGCGCGGCAAUGGGUUACACAUCAACGGCACCUGGAAUGGGAGGAGGAUACGGACCAGCAACUGGAGCUGUUGGAGGAUACGGACCAACUGGAACAGCCGAUUAUGGUCGAACUGACUACAGCCGCGCUGCAGAUUUUGGAGCUAGAACAGAUUAUGGUAAUUACGGUGUAGUUGGAGGUGGAAUGACUGGGGAUUUUAAUCGUGGCGCACCAGGUCCAAUGGAUUAUGGACGUACAGAUAAUUUUGGUGCAAAUCGUACAGUUGAUUAUACAGCUAGAAAUGAUUAUGAUCGAGCUGCAACUGGGCCUAUGAGAAACGGUGGUGGUGCAGUUGCCACUACUGGGUAUGGAACGGGUUACACAGAUGUAGGAUAUGAUGAAAGCCACUGGGGUUAUUCGGGCGGGCCUGGGGAUAUGAUGGGUGGGCCCGGGGGGGUAAGUCAAGGAGCUUCGAUGGCCUAUGACAGGAGGGAUGGUCCCCCUGUUAAUGAUAUGCCUCCAUUUAACAGGCCAAUGAGUACUGGACCCAGCUACAGCACUGGGGCACCUAGUUAUAGUACUGGUCCUGGACCACAAGCAGACAUGUUUAGUAGAAGACCUGGCAGUGCCGUCCCUAGUGGUGGAUAUCCACCUGUUGGUGGAGGCUACACUGAAGGGUACGACAGACCAGACGCAUAUGGUCCUCCGCGUGGUGGCGGCCGCUUCCCAGGUCCGGCAGACGCGAUGCCACCGAGGUACUAAAAGCGUACUAAAGCGAAUACUAAAGCGCAUACGAAAAAGGCUCCUUUAAUAGAUACGAUAUAAUGAUAUAGAUACGAUCUAACGUUUAACACACUAACUUAAGAUACGGUAAGAAUAAGAAGCACAUCAAUGAGCAACAUAAACGAAAUGAAUAAUGAAAUACGCAACCACGAUCACUUGAAGAGAAAAAAAGUUUAAAAAAAAAAAAAAAAGAGAGAAGAUUGAAUUCCUGAUUGAAGUAAAUGUAACGAAUGGAAUCAAGGAAUUUUGUAUGUCGUUAAUUUUUCCCCCCAGCAAAUAGUGGAUAUAUAUUCUUUUUUGUGCGAGAUUUGUGUUCGUAGUUUUUUCCUUUUUUUUUUUUUCCUAAUACUUCCCAUGUUUUUUUUUUUUCUCUCUCUCUCUCUUUCUCUGUCUCGUAGUGGUACACAGCCCCGACUAUUAAGCGGUGUGGGUUGAUGAAUUAUCUUUUAUCUGUCUUAAGUCAAAUAACGAUGAUAUAUUAAUAGGAUAGAUGAUUUCGUUAUAAGUUUGUAAUAUCUAGCAUCAGCAAGAUGAUGACUUAGGCUAUUAAACAGAAAAUGCUGUAUAAUCCUUUUUUUACACGUAAGAACUUGGAUAAUGUUUUAAAUGUUCAUUAAUAAAGCAAAGAAACGUGUUUGCUGACGUUGUCAAUGUACCUCAACGGAAUGAAAAAAUAAAAUUACAAACGCUAUAUGUCUUUAAA